GUCAAUUGCACGUCCUGUCCACGAGCUGAGACGACCUGACGCUGUUUCCGCCCGUCUCCUGUGUGGCUUGUGCUCGUCAUCGCUUGGGCAGCAACCUUUGCCUUAGCAGCCAUUUCCGGCAGACGCUCGUCCGCCGCGUCUGACAUGGAUCCCUCCCGUGUCCUCGCUCUCGUAUACAUACUAACGUAGUGCUUCGUUACCUCCCACCCCGAUUCCUGCGCCUCCGGCUGCCCGCAUGUCGCGCACUUCACUCGCAUUAAUUACUGGCCAUCCAUUAACCCCCCACCACCCUCGCCGCCACCGAGCCCAGUCCUCGGCGCACCAUCCGCUCGUUCGCGCCUCGCCCCGCGCACCCCCGAGUCCACGCACGCCUAAUCAGACCAACGUCGCCCUCGCACACGCGCACGAGUCUUCCCAAUGAACGCAGCCCGCCAAGCCUGCCGGCCCAAGCACCAGAUCCUCGUCCUGAAAUGCUACCCCAAAUACAACAAGACGCAGACGGAUGUUCGCGCCAACAGCUCUGAGCUCUCCUACCUCCUCUACUACGCCAGCACGCGGCGCUCUAAGCUCUCAAAAGUUACUGACUUCCUCGACAAGCGCGCCACCAGCGAUGUCUGGAAGGGCCGCACCGGCAACGUGCAGGUCACGCUGCAGAUCGUGACGGCGCUGAUCGAGAAGACGCCGCGCGAUCUGAGCUUGUACAGCCGCGCCGUGCUGCGCAUCCUCAAGACGAUCCUCGAAAAGGGCCAUGUGGACAUGUGCGAGGAGACGAUUGCCGUCUGGGAGGCGCUGUGUCGCCACCAGGAGCCUGCGAGCUUAGCCGCCGACCGCGAGUAUGCUUCUCUCUACGGGGAGAUUGUGACUCUGUACGCGCGGUUUGCGGCCAAGGACGAGACGAGUGCUGUGGGCCAGAGCCAGAGCUGGCCGGUGCAGCUCCGCUUUCGCAGACUGGGCCUGCAGGCGCUCAAGGCCGUGGCGCAGAGUGAGAGCCUGGGGAGCGAGACGGGGAGGCAGCUGGACGUUAUUAUUCCCGUCAUUCUGGGGAACUUGUUUGCGGAGAGCGGCCUGUAUCUUGCGCGCUUGGAGAUGAGGGAAAAGGACAGUGAGGCGCACGACAAGGAGCUGGCGCUGAGUCGGAGAAAGAGCGUGUCCACCGCUGCGAGGACGAGCACGAACGAGAAAGAGGAGGACGGUGAUCCGGCCGCGGCGAGCGGGACGACUGAGGACGCAGACAAGCUGGCCGAAGAGAAGGUCGGUGUGCUCGCGUUGCAGGCGCUGCGCAACAUCUUCCAGGGCGGCAAUCGUGGACAGAUGCGGCUUGCGACGUCGGCCGUCCUCAAGUUCAUCGGCGUGCACGUCAAGAGGCCGCACGCGCCGGGCGAGAGCUGGCCAACAAAGCUGAUGGCCGUCGUCUGUGCGUGGGCGCCGGUACAGGAUCGUUACGCGAUUCUGGUCGCAGUCGUCGAGGCUCUCGUCCAUAGCCCCAUCGUGGAAGAAGAUGUCGAUCGCCAGUUGGUGCUCGCCACCAUUGUCGACCAUCUCCUCAGCUCCACCAUCAACUUCAUUGGACUCAGCGUCAUGGACGUGCUGGUAGGGCUCAUAUCCCACACAUUGCUACUCCUCCAGCUCGGCGGGCCUGGAUCGAGUAUAGUGCCGCACCGCCAGCAGACGACGUCGGUUCUGUCAGAGAAGAACCUGGACGGACAGGCUUCGACUAGCAACGUAGGCGUGGUCAUGGAGGUUGUCAAAGAGCCUUCGCAGUCGAGAGUGCAACUGCUUGACACUGUACGCAGGUGCAUGGCUGACCUAGCUACGCAUGUUUACUACACUGACCAGAUCUCGGACAUGGUGGAAGCCCUCCUCAAACGACUCAAACCCUCCGCAGCGUCUACCACGACUGCAGAAGCUAUCGCGAACCCCGAGGAGGCUAUCGAUGCAGUCGCGGCAUCAGGCAGUCUGCAGGAGAAGACGCACGUCGACCGAUUCUUCUCAUUCGAAACCGCGCGCAUAACAGCGCUCGAGGCCGUCAAAGCCAUAAUCAAGACCGCAAACGCACGCCGACCAGAUGGAUCCUCGGCAUCUGUAGCACGCAGUAGGAUUGGCGUGAGCGUGUGGGAGGGCACGCAGUGGCUUCUGCGGGAUCCUAGUGGGACUGUCAGGAAAGCCUACGUAGACGCCCUGAUCACGUGGCUCAAUAUGGAGAAGACAAAGCAGGAUCUGAGGAUUGUGGACAACUACCGCAGGAAAGACAGCGACCACGACAAGGGUGGACGGGCUAGGCGGGCGCUAUCGAGUGCGUCGCAGCGGGAGAAUUCGCCUCGGCCGGGGAGACACAGCUUUCUGCCACUCCUGCACUUGGCUGUGUAUGAAAAUGCGCUGCAGUUCGUGGAUUCAGAGGCCGACUACCUGCUUCUGCAUCUACUCCUGGCCACGUUGGUUGAGCGCCUCGGAGCCAAUGCUGCACGAAGUGGAUUACCGAUGAUUAUCAGACUGCAGGAAGACAUCGCUACGGUUGAACAGCCAGCUGCGAAGGUUCGGAUAGGCAGUCUCGUGCACGGGUAUCUGUGGGCUCUGAGCAUCACAUUCGACUUCGAGACAUCGGCCAUUGGCCGCGCAGUACACAACGAGGUCUCUCGGCGCAACAAUCACGGCCUUUGGCUCAGAAGCAUCCGCGUCCCACCCACGCCCGUCGACCGCAUCGACACUCCGCACCCCAGUCGCUUAGAGCUGCCGGCUUCUGUUGUGCAAUCCGAGUCGCUGAUACCUUUCGACAACCGCGACGCCCUUGUUGAUAAGAUCUCGGAAGGCUACUCUGCCUCGCUGUACUCGCCUCCGUCCUCACCACCCGGCUCACCCCACCGCUCCAUGUCUGCGUCCUCCUACUCAGGCCUGCCUGUAAUCCACCAGCCCCCAGCUAUCGAAACAAACAACAUUCUCUCUGCACCCACCAUUCCUUUCAAGGUGCGCGAGGACCUCCUCGCCGACUGGACGCGCGAGCAGUGCCUCGCAGGCAACACCAAAGGCUCGUCCAGCGCCUCUAUAUCUGGCAGCAGGAGCGGCACCAGCUACACACGCAACCGCGCGAAUUACCUCGGCGUCCGUAUUCCCAACGGCGACCUCGACAGCAGCGGCAACUCGCCCACCCAUAGUCCGCGGCGCGCACAUUCACGGCCCCCAAGCCUGGCAUACGGCCUCGUAGGCCGCCUCUCGUCGCCCCAGCGCCGUAGAAGUCCAAGCGAACAGAGAGCAUUCUCCAACGGCCACGACUCGCCGCGCAGCCGCUCCAGUCUCCGCAGCACCGUCCGCGUCGACGAUCUCAAGCGCGCACUCAGCGGCUCCGGCACCGCACCGCGCACAAGCUACUCCAUGCGCCCCCCGACCCACCGCGAUGACGACGAGGAAACAGACUCCCUCGUCAGCGCCCACUCGCUCAGCGACGCGAGCUUCACCACCACGCACGAGGCGCUGGCCCGGGAACGACAGGCCAGCGCGGCAGCGGCCGAGGACCCAGGCACCCCCGCCGCAACCCUCACGCCCAGACCUCUGCCGGCCACGGCCACGGCCGAUGGAGGUCAGUACUUCACCACUCUCGGGCGCGACGUCAUUCCGCCCGUGCCCGCCAUCCCCGCAGAUUUCCACGCGCAGACGCAAGGGCCCUACACUCCAUCUACCAGCGCGCCGUCGCGGGACUCGUCACACAUCGACUUUGCGUCUGCGGCGAACGGGCCGGCGAACGGUGCGAGUCACGCGGGUGUGUACGCGCUGAGUAAUGGCGGCACAAGUAAGAGCGUGAAGAGCGGUGUCAGUCGGGGGCGCAGCGGGAAUCGCCAGCACAGGGGUAGCGAGGCGACAAAAGCGGGUGUUGUGGAUGUGGAUAGUUUGCUGGGGAGUAGUCUCGGUGGUGAGGGGUUGGGGAGGGCGCCUUAUUAAUAGUUGGGAAAUGGACUGCUGGGGGCAGUGGGGAGUGACAGGUAAUCCGCUGUAGGUAUCGCUAUGCUCGUAUCGUAUCUGGUCAUGCU